CUUUUCUUUAUUUUAUUUCUUUACCCCCCUUCUCUUUCUUUUGUUUUUUGUAUUAUGUUUUUAGCCAUCUCAAGGACAAAUAUUAUCAAGAGACCACUUGUCUUUUCUUAUCGUCGAUCUUAUGCUACAACAGAUCAUCAAAACCUAAUUGAAAAGAUUGUUCAAAAAUAUGCAGUAGAUUUACCUGAAGGCUAUAAAGUAAAGAGUGGCGAUUAUGUCACUAUUCGUCCUCAUCAUGUCCUUACUCAUGAUAACACAGGGGCUGUUAUUCCCAAGUUUAAAUCGAUAGGAGCCACAAAGAUCCAUGAUCCUAAACAACCUGUGUAUGCAUUGGAUCAUGAUGUUCAAAAUAAGUCUGAAAAGAACCUUCAAAAGUAUGCCAAUAUUGAAGCCUGGGGAAAGCAGCAAGGCGUUGACUUUUAUCCUGCUGGUCGAGGUAUUGGUCACCAAGUGAUGAUUGAGGAAGGAUAUGCGUUCCCCAACACAUUGACCGUUGCCUCAGACUCACACUCUAAUAUGUAUGGUGGUAUUGGUGCUCUUGGUACACCUAUUGUUCGUACAGAUGCAGCUGCCAUCUGGGCCACUGGCCGAACCUGGUGGCAGAUUCCUCCCGUGGUUAAGGUCAUACUAGAGGGCCAACUACCUGCUGGUGUAACUGGAAAAGAUGUGAUUAUCACUCUCUGCGGGUUGUUCAAUAAGGAUCAAGUGCUUAAUACGGCCAUUGAAUUCCAUGGUGAAGGUUUGAAUGGUCUUUCUGUCGAAGAUCGAUUGGCUAUUGCCAACAUGACAACCGAAUGGGGUGCCUUGGCUGGUGUGUUCCCCGUAGAUACAAAGACAAUCGAGUACUUGCGUAAACGCCAAAGACGACUUGAGCUCACUCAUUUCGAAAACAAGAACUUGCCACCAUUGAAGAAGGGCGAAAAAUUUGUUCAUCCUCGUAUUAAUGAUCAAACAAUACAAGCCUUGAUCGAUCAACCCAUUGAACCCUCGCCUGAGGCAACUUACGCCAAGACGUUGACUUUGGAUCUCUCUACUCUCUCUCCUCACGUCUCUGGUCCAAAUUCGGUCAAGGUUGCCACAUCUCUUGCUGAACUUGAGAAGCAAGACAUCAAGAUCAAUAAAGCUUAUCUUGUCUCCUGUGUGAACUCUCGUGCUGGUGACUUGAAGGAGGCCGCACAAGUCCUCAGAGGUAACAAGAUUAAGGAAGGUGUCGAGUUUUAUGUUGCCGCAGCUAGUUCUGAAGUUCAAAAAGAGGCUCAAGAGUCUGGUGAUUGGGACGUCUUAAUUGAGGCAGGCGCCAAGGUACUACCUGCUGGUUGUGGCCCUUGUGUCGGCUUAGGCACUGGUCUCUUGAAGGACGGUGAAAUCGGUAUUUCAGCCACCAACCGUAACUUUAAGGGUCGUAUGGGAUCCCCUAAUGCCUUGGCUUAUUUGGCCUCUCCUGCUGUCGUUGCUGCAUCUGCACUUACAGGCAAGAUCUCUGGUCCUGCUUCCUCUGCCAAGGCGACCAAGCAACCUUCAUUCAGCAUUCAAACACAUACUUCUGAAUCUAGCAGUGACUCCAAUGCUGCUGCUCAAGCUGAAGUACUACCCAACUUUCCUGCAAUUAUCAAGGGCGAAAUUCUUUUCUGUCACGCAGAUAACUUGAAUACUGACGGUAUAUAUCCAGGAAAAUAUACCUACAAUGACGAUAUGACACCAGAGGAUAUGAAGAAGGUUGUCAUGGAAAACUAUGAUCCCAAUUUUGUUAACGUGGUCAAGGAAGGCGAUGUUCUCGUGGGAGGUUUCAACUUUGGUACAGGAUCCUCUCGUGAACAGGCAGCAACAGCUAUUAAAUCUCGUGGCAUUCAAAUCAUGAUUGCAGGCUCUUACUCUGAUAUCUUUAAGCGAAACUCUGUCAAUAAUGCUCUCUUGCUUAUUGAAAGCCCUGAAUUGGUCAAUGACCUCAAGCAGGCACUAGGUACAACUGAUUUAACCAGACGCACUGGAUGGAAGGUUGACAUUCAUGUGGCGGAAGGAAAAGUCAAAGUCUACAAAGAAGACGGUCAAGAGAAGUUGUACAAAGUGGGUGCACUUGGUAGGAGUGUGCAGGAAAUUUGGUUAGCCAAUGGUCUUGAAGGCUGGGUCAAGGAGCGUUUAUAGAUUUGCUCAUGUAUAUUAUCUUGCUAAAAAAAAAGUUUGCAUUUACAUAUUUAUUGAAAUAAAAGCACUUAAUUCAUAAUGCUUCUGUCUAGUUUUAUUUUUCAUUAAAAUGGAAAUAGUCAAUAGUGAAAUAUCUCAAGUGUCUGAUUUGACUUUCAAGGUUGUCCUCUCCUCCUUCCUCCUUCCCUCCCCCUCCCAUGUCCCCAAAGGUGUGAUCGUAUCUGCUGUCAACGAAU